GUCACACCACCUAAAGUGAAUCCCUCCCUAAGUUGGCGCUUUCAGUUGCCAAACCCACCAACACCUUGGAGAGAUGCCUCAGACCCCAGACCUUCACGUGGACAUCUCGUGAUGUGUAUGUGGGGGUGUUACCACAACCUAUUUAACAUAGAACACCGUGGAAUUGUCCCAAGAUUCCCCCACUGACAAGCAAAAUCAAAAGCUCACACGCCCAAACAUGAGGGAGAUUCUGCUCGUUUGGGUUGCGCCCCCAAAUCACCAUGUCAUCCCCUUGUGCCCCGUAAAGCUAGGACCCCAAUCUGGGUCCCACAAUACCUUGAUUCCAUACCCAAAAUCCAAAACAUAUACAUCAUUAUCCUUCUUCACUAGUCCGCUCUAGCUCAGAGUAUUGAAUUUUCCCUUUGUUUCUAUUAGUCUCGUUGCUAGUAUAUAAACCCUGCUCGCUACCUUCCUUGCUCUCACCCCCACAGCUCAACAAGAACUUCCUCUUCUUCUUCCUCCCACUAAUCACCACAAGAAAAGAGGUUGAAAACUCAGUAAGCCUUUUCCUUGAAUCAUUAGAUAUACCCUCCCUAUUCGGUUACUUUGAAAAUGUCGGGAGUUUGGAAUUUCCAGAAAGGUGUGAUCCGCCUUGAGAACCCACAGGCGAAUGUGCACGGUGGCACUGGGCGGAGGACGGCCUUGGUGCACUUGCCGACAGGUGAGGUCGUCUCAUCUUACUCGUCGCUUGAGCGAAUCCUGAGGGGCCUCGGAUGGGAGCAGUACUCUGGUGGAGACCCCGACCUCUUGCAGUUCCACAAGCAAUCUUCCAUCGAUCUCAUCUCUCUCCCUAAAGACUUCUCCAAGUUCAACUCCAUCCACAUGUACGACAUCGUUGUCAAGCACCCUAAUAUAUUCCGAGUUCGCGACCCAUGAUCUCUGCUCACUGUCCAAAGUCUCUCUCUUAGUUUCCUUGUGUUCUGUUGUAAUGCAGAAAUUCAUGUUGUCUUUGAUGUACGAGUUUUUCUGCACUUUCAUCGGAUUGAUACCUGAACCAACAGGAUACGCCGUGUCUUAAGCAGUAUAGUUAAAGAGUAAUAUGUUAGGAUAAACAAAUUUACAAUACUAGUAAAUAAAUACUUAUGUUAUUGCUUGUUUAUCA